AUGGUUCUUGCUGAGGUAGAUUCUGGAUCUAAUACACCAAGCAUGGUAGGAAAAGUAUUAGCAUGGCGUAAAGAAAACUCUGAACAAGCGAAUAAAUUGUGGGAUACGAUUGCUUCUAGUAAUGCAAUUGUUGUUAAUAAUCUCAUCGAAUUAACCAAAGAAUAUGAAAAGGAUAAAACAGAGUACUAUAACACAAUUAGAACUUGUUCUGGUGUUAAAGGAUCUAUGUGGUCAAACCUACUUAAUCAGGAACGACCAGGAAAACGAACUUUCGAAUUGCUUUAUUCUACUUUUACCGAAUUUCAAAAAGUUCGUCAAUUGCUACGUGACAUGUCAAACAUGUCAGAUGCACCAAUCGAACCACCUAUGCAAACAAGAUUACUCGAUGCAUGUACAGAGGUUCCUGGUGUAAUUAUGGCUGGUGUCCCUGGUGCUGGAGGGUAUGAUGCUAUAUUUUGCGUAGGUAUUGGAGAUAAUUUUGUUACGCAAGUUGAAACCGUUUGGGAAAAUUGGAACGAAAUGAGUGUUGGACCUUUACUAACAAGAGAAUCUUCAGAUGGAUUUAUGAAAGAGAACUUAGAGAAUGUUGAACGUAACGUUUUCUUCAAUGUAGUUUACAAAGUAAUUCUUGGUAAAUCGGAUUCCAUUGAAGCCGUUUAG